CCACCAACGAAAUUAACGAAAUUAUUUUAUGAUUUAAUGGAUUAACAAAGUAAUGAUUUAAACCCGUUCGAUAAGCUUUAUUUCACGAAAAAAUAACUAUAAAUUCUGUGUCCUACACAAGCUGAAGACCAAUUCAAGUUUUUCUUCGGAAAGCUAGAAAAAUGUCUCGCCUUCCAUUCAUUACGGUUUGCUGGGCGUUUCUCCUUGCUCACAAUUUCAUCAUUUGCUUGAGCAAUGGCCUAAAGGAGCCAGAAUUGAACAAGCUAAUUGAAAAGAAUUUCGAUGCUAAAUUCUCCUUACAGCCCCGGGCUGACAUUGUAACUGCGCCUAAAUAUAAAUUCACAUACACACGCGGUGUUCGAAUUCCAGGUGAUCGUCUUGUUGCAUCAGCUUUUGAGAGUCGCAAAUGGCCUGUGGCGCAAAAUGUAACACUGAACUUGACUUAUCCGCGGGCUGGUGUGGGAUCAAACAUUUCCUACGUUGAAAUUUACGUGACACAGGAUACCACAUUGGGAUCGGGACGUUUGACAGAUGGCGACAUUCAACAGCGCAAACUCUCUAUCACUAUUGAAGCAUUUAAAACGCCACAGUUUGGACAUACUACAUAUAUUUAUGGCUAUUGAACACUAAUUUGGAUCUUAUCAAUAUUUCACUAAUUUGAGUCACUUGAAAGGGGUCUAUCUUUGUUAAUUACAAUAAACUGUAC